AUGGCUGAUCCUGACGCGCCCGCCCAUAACAAGAGAGCUCGUUUGGGCUCCAGCAAUCUUGACUACAACGGCCACGGAUUCCCUCCCCCUCCUCCACCGCCUCAUACCCAACCCACCCGCCCUCCGACACAUCCCACCUUGGCCCAGGCUUCUCCGCCCUACACUACCCACGGUCUAUCCACUCCCUCUCACCAGUACACCGCUCACCCCCAAGCCUACCCAGGUCCGCUACCCUCGCCAUCGUUGCCACCCUCUGACAUUCGCGCCCUUGCGGAUCCGCGCAACAUACCCUCUCCCCGGCAGCAUCCCAAUGGCGUCACAGGAGUCGCUACUGUGACAAUCCCCCAGGACCGCAUUUCAACCUACCGUCCUCCACCGACGCCCCAGUCAGCAUCGGCCCCAGAUCCUCACAGUUCCCGCUCCACCAGCCUCAGUAUCAGUACCGACGUCAAGCCCCAGCCCCAGCCCCAACCUCAGCCUCAACCACCCAUGGAGCAUGGUGGCCAUCACCCGUCGUGGCCUCCCAUGAACCCCGAGCACCGGCCAAAUGGCAACAUGGCAAAUGGCUACAGCCAUGCCAUGAGUCCCUCUCACCCCAACGGACCCCCGCCAUACCAUGCGCAGCCACCACCACCGCCUGCUCAGCAAUAUCCCCAGCCAGUGACUCCCUACGCGCCCACGCCCUACAUGAACGACUAUGGCGCGGGACAGCAAAUACGAAGGAAGCAGGUCCGAGCCACGCAGGCUUGCAACCACUGUCGUUCGCGAAAGCAAAAGUGUGACGAAGCCCGACCGUGCCAGUUCUGCAGAGAGAACAACUUUGACUGCCAGUACAAAGAUGUCCCACCACCAAA